CAUUGUGCCAUUUGCUACUGAAGAAUAAGGACUUAAGCCAGAUGGCAUAUUUUUAGAUCACGAAGCCCCCUUCCCUGCCGCAUCCCCCUCCUCCUCCUUUCUUCUGCCCAAGCCAAGGGAGCCAAACAGAGUGAAGAGGCGACAAAAAUGGAGGCAGCGUUGGCAGAGCUAGAGCGAGUCCAGACUCAAAUCCUCGAAAGAAUAUCGAAGCUAGAGCUUUCUCACCUGCCUCAAAACGCUGAACCUCUCCCUUCCUCAUCUCCUCUCACCAACGACGACGUCGAAGCUCGCCUCUCUAGCAUUCUCCGAUCCAACGGCGUCAACGACUUCUUCUUCAAGAGAGUCUCCUCCGAUUACUAUGAUUGGUCGCUCGAGUCCCGUCGCGACGUCCUCGGCGCCCCCUCUGUUCAUCAUCUCUGUAAAAGCAUCGUUUUGGUUAAUACUCAAGCACCGUCCAAUGUAAUUGAUUGUAGUGAUCGUAACAAUUCAAAGUAUUAUGUUGUUGUAGUCCAGUAUACUGCUAGAUUCAAUGCUGAAACUGUCAAAAAUUUUCUAUACGCGCUCAACAGCGGCAAGAUAUCAAAGAAGAAAUUUAACUUGAGGCUUACUCCUGAGGAGACAUCAAUAAAGUUGACUGGCUAUGAGCACAACGCAGUUACUUGCAUUGGCAUGCAAACUGACAUUCCAGUAAUUUUGGAUGAAGCUAUUGUAAAGCUUAGUCCUGAUUUCUUCUGGUUGGGUGGAGGAGAGGUUGAUUUAAAGCUUGGAAUCAGAACCUCUGAAUUUAUCAGCUUUGUCAAACCUUUCAUUGUGAACUGCAGUGGUACCUGAGUAUACCAAAUGAAUCAAUAAAUUAAAUUGGAAGGACAUUAUGAGUAAAGACAAUUUAGUAAAGAGUUCAAGGAAUGCCAUUCCUAUGGAAACCCCAUCUGGUGGAGAAAUUGAUGCUUCAGAUUUGGAGAUUUGGAGACUAAAUUUCAGCAUUUUUUCUUUCUUUUGGUUUCUUUGGGCUAUUAAAAUUUGGAAGCCAAUUGGGCAAUACUUGAUGACGUAGAUAGGUAAGUUAGUUGAUUGGAACGAAGUUUUGAUUUCUUGGGGAGAGCUGGAAAGUUCAGGUUGUGGUACUUUCAUAGUAAUAUGAUAUUGGACAUUUUCAGAUUGUUUUCUA